CAUUACAAAAGACGACAUUGCAGAAGAGAAAUUAUCACGAAAAUGAAAGCAAUCAUAACCCUGGUUUGUAUUUUAACACUAACAAAUCUUUGCCAGGGUUUAACACUCCCGUCUGGUUUUAAAAAAUGCGACAAAACGAAAAGCGACUUUAAUCCCUGCUUAUCGACGGCUAUUCAAGGUGCUAUCCAGCAGCUGAAAGAACCACAAACCGAGUAUGGCUUGCCCACACUAGACCCUUUUGUUGGUCCAGACGACAUGAUUGUGGAAUAUGGAGACGAAACCACCGGUCUUCGACAAAAAUACACCAGUUUUAAAUUUAACGGUUUGACCGACGUGACCUCGACAAGCGCCUCAUUCGACUUCAGCACUAAAACCUUGCAUCUGAAUAUCACUUUCGUCGAAGUUGUGGUAGAAUUUGACUACCAAAUUUCUGGGUGGUUUAUUUUGUAUCCUGUUAACGUGUCCACUACGGGAAGUUGCACUUUAAUCAAACCGUUGUUCAAGCUGGCGUUCAAUUUGGAAGAAUACGAAUUUGAGAAGCAAAGCCAUUACAGAGUGGCGGGUGGCGGAAAACUUAAUUUUUUUCCGGAAGCGAUUAUUUUUGACUACAAAGAUAUUUUCAAGAAAGGGAGUUUGACUGAAGAGAUCAAUAAAGGGAUGAGCGAAAAUUGAAAAUCGUUACGGCGUACUGGCAGGGGAUGUUUCCGAGGCUUUUUAUGGAUGUUUUUGAGGAAAUUUUUGACGAGUUAUUGAAGAGAGUGCCAGUUCCGGAUUUGUUUGAUGGUUUGUAGUAACAAUAAUAAGUUUUACUAUAAAAAAAUCAAAAACAACGUCAAUAAUAAUUGUAUAUAAUAGAAGUAUCGAAUCCUCCAA